CGGCGACGGCGAGGGGUUUGGUAGCGUUGCCGUGCGCCGUGUGAUCCGCGCGCUGCGUGUACGGAGGAAGCAGCUGCUGAUCUGAUCUCUGACAUUGUGUGAGACAGACAUCUGAAUAAACUGCGCGCAGACGUGUCUUUAAACAUACCGGACCGAGGCACGCCGUGCAUGAUUACCUCUUUGAUUUAAUGGGUCCAAUCAUUGGGAUGUCGCCAGAUAAGAAAACGGAAAUUCCGGGUAUGCAAGAGGAGCGGACGGGGCUCAGAGGCGUCUGCGGCGUGGGGACGUUGCCGGAGGCGGAGUGCGCGUCCAGUCCGCUGGCGACCAGCGUGGACCGCGCCGGGGGGAACGAGGACGAGGAGCUCACAAACCUCAACUGGCUCCACGAGAACCUGCUUCAGAACUUCACCCUCGGGGGUCCCGAAGCCCAGCCGAGCGGCAGCCCCCUCUUCGACAUCGAGGGGGACUACGGGUCCAACCAGGGCCCGUCCUCGUCCUCCUCCUCUUCGUCACACGGCAGGGGCAGGGAGCGGGACUCGAUGAAGUCUAAGCCCCCGUUCUCAUUCUCCCUGCUCAUCUACAUGGCCAUAGAGCAGUCUCCCAGCAAGUCCUUGCCCGUUAAAGAAAUCUAUGGCUGGAUUCUCGAGCACUUCCCCUAUUUCUCCAACGCUCCCACCGGAUGGAAGAACUCAGUUCGCCACAACUUGUCCCUGAACAAAUGCUUCCGCAAGGUCGAAAGGAGUUUGGGAAAGGCCAGUGGAAAAGGUUCCCUCUGGUGCGUUGACCCCGAGUAUCGCCCCAACCUAAUCCAAGCCCUUAAGAAGCAACACUUCCCAACCGCACAUGCCUUCUGCACACCACCCGCCUCCCCGCCCAGUGCCUCCUCACCCCCUCGCCAUCUCUUUCUACAAGGUUGCUCAUUCAAAGAGUCUGACAUUGAUGCUGCCACUGCCAUGAUGCUCUUAAACUCUGCCCCUGGGCACCACGUUGACCCAUGCAACUCUGACAGCCCGCUGGACCUCUCCCGGCCCGACUCUGUCCUGGUGAGCAGCGACCCGAAGCAGGACCACAACUACAGCAGCGUGGCCCUGCAGCGCUGCUCCUCCCGCUCCUCCUCCUCGUCCCUCUCCUCCCUGGACGAAGGGGGCUGCGACCGCAGCCAGUCCCGCCGAGCCGGCAGCGAGGGUUUCCACAGCGACGAGGACUCGGACCUCUGGGACGAGAGGGGCGUCCACCAGACGUCUCGGCGCCCGCCCGCCAUCAAGUGGCCCGCCGGCAAGAGGGCGCGGCGCGAGGUCAAGCCCGAGCUGGACGAGGAGCUGAAGGAAGCGGCGGGCUCCUUGCUGCACCUCGCCGGUAUACGCAGCUGCACGGAGGGCUCCAAACGCACUGUCAAGAGCACAAAACUUAACAGGAAAUGAAGUUUUCUUUUGCCCCCGAAAGACUCCGAACCCUGUGAACCCUAAACCUCUGACCCCUGAUCGUGUGUCCCAGUGUGCCUCCUUCUCCUUAUCUGAUCGUUCAUUGGCCAUUUUGAGCCUUUUUUUUUGUUUGGGAGUAUCUCUGUCCAACAAAACAAAUGGCAAUAGUAUCGUUCACACAGGAGAACAAAGCCAUAUAGAGUAAACUCGGGGGGUAACUGCUGGGGGUGGGUGUUUGGGCUAUGGAGUAACCAUCAAGAUACCUAUCCAAAAUGACCUGCCUGCUUCUGUUGGAUUAGAAGAUUGUGAUUCAAGAAUUUUUCUCUGAAAGACAAAAAUGGAAAAAAAAGCUGAAGGUUUUAUAAACUCAAAGCGUUGCAUGCUUCCUCCUCAAACCUGUAUCCUCUUCCAAGUGAAUCUAUUUAUGAAGCGAAUGAGUGCAUGUUUGUAACAGACAAAAUCUAACCUCCUGGUGUUAUCAGUUUCUCCUCUUUUUUUGUGCUAAAGAAAAAAAAAAUGCCACUGUUUUGAAAAGAGUUCUUGCUCUGAGACUCCUCUUGUAAGAGAGAUGCAAUAAUUAAUCCACAACCUUAACUUUCUGACUUUUUUUUUUUUCUGUGUGUGUGUGUGUGUGUGUUCCAUGGUGGCAUUUUUCAGAGUCGAGUAUGCUAGUUCAACUUUACAAUUAAGAGAAUGAAUGGAGUAGUAUUACGAUCUUGUUACGUGAUAAACUUAUUACGCACGGGCUCCGGCCCUGUUUCAGGAUUAGCAAGAUGUGGAAACGGUAUUACUCUGCCACUGCCAAAUUUAGUUGCAAAGUUAGCUAUAGUACUUCGCUCAGUUUUCUGCGGCCAUUACAGUACAAGCUGUGUUCCUUUUUUUUUUUUUUUCUUUUAAUCGUUCCUCGUUUGCAAAUCCACCGCCUCCUCCUGUCGAUCCCUCUUCAUUCAUCAGCGCGUUUCUGACAUUAUCUGUGCAAACUGGAAACAUGUACUCACGUUCGGCGACAGCCUAUGCAAAGUGAACAUCUCCCGCGCGUUGCCAGAUGUUCACUGCGUGUUCAUAGGUUAUCCUGCGUAGAUUUUUAUUUUUUAUUUGUGCGUGUGUAUCAUAGUGCAUGUUGACUUCGGCCCUAACCUGAGAACGACGAAAAGAGAAACUCUUUUCCUUUAAACACGGCUCCAUUGAAUAUGAUGUAGCAACUGCUGCCCUCGCUGCGGUUGUGUUGUGGGACUGCAUGGUGCCCCGCCGGGUUAUUGUGAAGGUGAGGAGCAGAUUUGGGUUCGUUUCAUGCCACGUAGUUUGAAAAAAUUACUAAAUUGCAUACGUGACGUCUGGCUGGCUGAACCUGCGGCCAAGUAAACUCACGACUUGAAGAAAGGUGCGCCCGCUUGGGCUCAGAUAAUUCAGAGAACCGCGCCGUACUCGAGUGGAGGGAGCCGCUUUUAAAGUGCAGUCGCUCGCGGGAGCCGUCACGUCGAGCCAUCGGCUCUGGCUACUCGUGUUUCGUCCUUGCUCUUCCUCCUAGAACAAAAUAAGGAAGUGCACGCUCUCUUCUCAAGCUGCGAAACGGAGUGUUUAUUGUCAGUUGAUUGCACGCCGUUCGCUGAGGGGGAAGUUGCGAGCCACUUGUGUAGAAGGCCACAAUUUUCACUUGAGCUUUUUAAAAAAAAAAAAAAGAAAAAAGAAAAAAGGACGCGCUCGGGUCGGGCGCCGCGCGGGGACGAGCGAUCUGAAUAUUUCUUCUUCACUGUAAGACAUCACUGAUUGUGUCACCGUGACUGUUAGUGUAGCACGCAUGGUCAGUGCCAAACAUUUUCUCAUGCCACUUAUGUUAAACUGCGGACGACCCCACCCACCCCCACCCCACCCCACCCCCAACCUUUUGCCACCGCCACUAUAACGUAAUUAAGACUUUUUUUCUGAAUCAGGAAACGGGAGACGACUCUGGUCAGUGCAGUGACUUAGCAACUCCUUUGGUUUAUUUUUGUCUUUUGAGAGUGGGAGCUGUCCCUCACAGAGUAAGCUGCAGUUCUCAGAAGUGAAUACGUGCAUACACUGGUCUUGUUUAGCUGUGAAGAAAAAAAAAAAAAGAGAGAACAAAUUAUUGUUCAUUAAUCAUCACCUUAUUUAUGACUUUAAUUUAUGGGAUAUUUUGAAUGCAUACUCUAUCAGACGCUGGUCAUUUUGAAACUAAUGACUAGGCACCUUUAUUUUUCUCAUUCUGUGAACUCCUCUCAGUGAGGACUUUUUUUUUCCCUUGUUUAUUUUACAGCAAUACACUUUUAUUUCUCGUCUCGUUACACUGAUUAAGUAUUUUGCCAAUGUUUUGUUGUCUUUAGAGCGGGUGCUUUUUUUUUGUUUUGUUCUUUUUUUCCAAUUUAACCAUGACUGCCAGGUUUUCUUGAUGUUUUGUUUUUCUUUUUGUUAAAGCUGGAUAGAAGAGAGUAAAUUAACGUUGAUCCUGAACCUUAUUUUGUUGCCAAAACUGAUGUACAGCUGGGGUCUAGAAGAAUUUGAAUUGACGCAGUCCCCCGUGUACUGUAGAAGCUGAUUUAAUUAUUCUUUUUUUUUUUUUUUUUUACAAUUGUCACAUGUAUGUUUAGGUAUUAUGACUUAAGUAGUCGUAAAUUAAAGAUUAGGUCUCGAUCUCAUCACAGAUUAGAAUCUUUGAGAGUGAGAGGAAGAGGGGAAAAACACAAAAAGACUGCCACUCAUAACUCAUGCUUCCAGGUAUCGUUACGGGAUGUUUGACUAUCACUGUAAACUGGAUCAGACUGACUCAGUCCCCAGGCAGCUGCUGCGUGGUUUCAGACCUACAUUUGAGUAUAGGUGCAACUGCAGAGAAAUUAUGUAGAGACUUGAAGAGGAAAAAAAAAUCUCACUCGUUCUUUCUGAAGCACUUGCAAAAGAAAAAGCUAUGUUGGCUCUCAAAGUGAGCCGACGUGUGAAUGAGCUACCUUAACUUUUUUUUUGGGGGGGGAUAUCCUGGGACUUACACAACUCCGAAACCCAGUUGCUUCACUGCUCCACAGCUGUUAUUGAAUAUUAAUUAUGUGAUUCUGCCGUAGUUCCUAUGGGUAUGAUAACAUUUUUCUCGCAUUUGUCAAAGCUGCCAACCCAGUAUCAGUUUGUGUCUCUUGUCUGCCAUGUCUUUUGGACCGACACCUUUUUGGUUUUUGUAUGCUAACCUCUGUUGAUAAAAUGUUUAUAAGAUUUAUUUUCGCCAAAGAUAUGCAAUUGCAUUAUAUAUGGUAUUACAAAAUAUUAAUAAAAACCUGUUCUUGUUA